AUGGGAGCCUUCGAAAAGAUGCCAAAGGAUAGGAGCAUUACUGCAAACGAGCUUGGUAGCCUAAUCAAUCUCGAUCCAUCCAUUAUAGUGCGCCUCAUGCGCAUACUUACGGGGACCGGCGUGGUGGCACUCGCGGGAGAGGAUACUUAUGCUCACACCCCAAAAUCCAUGACCUAUCUCCAGGGUGCAGCCUUUGACUUCUGGAACUUGUGCAUAAACAUGAGUUAUAGCUAUUACCACUGGCCCGAAUAUUUCAAGACCAAGACAUCUGAGGAUUUGAUCGACCUUCGAAAAACACCAUAUUCAUCCGCAUAUGGCAUGGAAGGCUUGACAUUCUACGAGGUCCUUGCCGCCUCGCCGGAGCGUUUGGAGAUGUUUAACAAGGCGAUGAUGCAGCAAGAGGCAUCUCUACCAGUCCUUGGCAUGUUUCCAUUUUCGUCCUUUAAGGCAGAAGUAGAAGCAGAGCCACAGCGAGCCUUCGUAGUCGAUAUUGGAGGUGGAAGGGGCCAGUCUCUCCUGGGGAUCCGGAAGGAAACCUCCAACGCAUUUGGAACCGGCUCGAAGAUGAUAUUGCAGGAUAAACCCCACGUCUUGGACACUAUCUCGCAAGAUCUAAUCCCUGGUAUUGAGAAGAUGGCAUACGACUUCUAUACCGAACAGCCUGUAAAAAAUGCACACAUAUACUAUCUCCGCCGCAUAUUGCACAACUACCAAGACGGUGUUUGCCAGACCAUCCUCAAAAAUAUCGCUGAAGCUAUGGGCGCCACCUCUCGUCUUCUCAUCGCAGAGCUGGUUGUCCCGGCGACCGCCAAAGUUGGUGAAGACGUAAGUGCUUAUUGGAUGGAUAUGGUGAUGAUCUCUAUUGGUGGUAAGGAGAGGAGCGGAAAGGAGUUCAGGGAACUGCUCGACUCGGCCGGGUUGGAGUUCGUCAAGCUUUGGCCUGCUGCGGUGGGUGACCAUGCGGUGGUCGAGGCAAAGAGGCGGAUGUCAUGA